UCAUUUAUAGACUAAAUAAGGUAAAUUGAGAACAGUAGACUGCAUACGACAAGAAUACCGAAUAGUGUUCGUAAACUAAGAGAUGAUGCCAGACAUUUUCUUCAAGGUUAAAUUGGUGAAGCAAUGAAGGAAUGUAAUGUAAAGUUUUCUCAUGUUUUUUGUUCUCCAUCAUUGCGAUGUAUAGAGACGUGCACUAAUGUAUUAAAAGCCUCAGAUCAAAGUCAUUUACCAAUCAAUGUGGAACCGGGUCUUUUUGAAUGGUUGUAUUGGUACAAAGAAAGCAUGCCUGCUUGGAUGAGCUUGGAAGAAUUACGCUCGUAUGCUUUCAACGUAUCCUUGGACUAUAAACCAGUGAUCCCUGCUGUAAGUCUUUUAAGCUGUCAAGAGACUUGUGAGGAGUAUUAUAUGAGAAGCUAUUUGGUUACUUCUAAACUUCUAGAAAAUUAUUCUGGUAAUCUUCUUUUUCUUGGGCAUGCAGCAACUUUAGAUACGUGCAGCAGACAGCUGACAGAAAAACCUCCAAGGAAUAACCACGAAAUGCAAGGUUUACUGCUUUACUGCCCAUAUGCAAGCGUCACAGUGGUUGAAGAAAAUCCUCAGGGAAAAUGGCAUUUAGUUGAUCCUCCUUUUCCACCAUUGCAACAUUCAAAUAAUUGUAGUUUUCAAUGGCAAAUUCUCCUUUGAUAUUCAGCUUAUGGUGAUUGAAGCAUUUUGCUACUUAUGAAUUACCACAACCGCUUUGGAGCUAUUUGGCUAAUUUUUACAGAUGCAAAGCUAAAAGGCACUUAUCGGGUACAUGUUGAGGAUCUUUGCGACUUUUUUAAAAAGAUUCACAAACUAUAAAUAUGUAUCGUAAUUCAGCAGACUUUAUCAGUAUAUGAAAAGUCAACAUACUUUAAGCAAUUUAAAAUGCAAAUUUUAAUUAUUAAAUGAGGACUGUGUGAUACAUUUAAAAAAAAAAAAAAGUACUUUUUUCUUCAAAUCUUUCUUUCUUUCUUUCUUUCUCUCUUUUUUUU